UAUAUAUUGUCCAUCAGACACGACAGACAAUAUUGCCAUAUAACUGUUUAUAGUUGAAUUGAGGUCCAAGGACAUGAAGAAACCAUCUUCCCAUAAUUCCCUUUGUUUCUGUAUUAUAAUUAUUCUGCAACUGCUUCCUGCCGGUGUUCUUUCCGAUGACGAUCGCUCUACCGUCGUCGAGUUUCUCCCCGGCUUCCAUGGACGUCUUCCCUUUGUACUCCACACUGGGUACAUCGGAGUGGGUAAAAAUGAAGAAGUCCAGUUAUUUUAUUACUUUGUUAAGUCCGAAUCGAAUCCUAACAAGGAUCCUCUUAUUCUUUGGCUCACUGGUGGACCGGGAUGUUCAUCUUUAAGUGGACUUUUAUACGAGUUAGGGCCGUUAGAAUUUGAGGCAAAACAAUAUAACGGGAGCCUGCCAACGUUGUUAUUGACUCCACACAGUAAUUAAUUUUGGAAAUUUUAGGUUGCCAACAUAAUAUUUUUGGACCAACCCGCAAAUACUGGAUUUUCGUAUGCAACGACUCCGGAUGCAACCACGUAUACCGAUUUACAAGCGUUCGACCACGUUUAUGAAUUUUUGCAAAAGUGGUUUUAUAAUAAUCCAGACUUCAUAUCAAAUCCUCUAUAUAUUGCUGGAGAUUCUUAUUCUGGAAUUACUGUUCCGAUCAUAGUUCAAUUGAUAGUUACUGGAAAUGAAGCUGGCAACAAGCCAAUGAUGAAUCUUAAGGGAUAUAUACUGGGCAAUCCCAAAACAUUUCCUGGCGAAGUUAAUUACUCAAUUCCAUUUGCACAUGGAAUGGGGCUCAUUUCCACUGAACUCUACACGUCGCUUACAGAGAAUUGUAAAGAAGAAUAUCAAGACAUAGGGUGGAGGAAUGAAUUGUGCUCUCAAAACCAUCAGGUGUUCAAGCAGAUGAUUGCUGGGAUUAAUGAUCAGCACAUUCUAGAGCCUUCUUGUGGAUCAGAAAGUGCAUUGCUGAACCCAGGCGACAACUUUUCUGGUAAACGAAGGUCACUUGAACAGAAAUUUAUGUCUUCCAACAAUGACUUAUGGUGUCGUGUUGAUUAUCGUAAACUCUCAAAUUAUUGGGCAAAUGACCCAAACGUUCAAGAAGCACUGCACGUCCGAAAGGGAUCUAUAGGACAAUGGCUGAGAUGUAGGCAAAGCAUUUCAAUAUGGACCUAUAGAGUCACUUUGAUGGAUACAAUACAAUAUCAUGCAAAUAUCAGUCGUAAAGGUUAUAGGUCACUGAUAUAUAGUGGUGAUCACGACAUGUGUGUUCCAUUCCAAUCAACGGAAGCAUGGAUUAAAUCUUUGAAGUACGUUAUUAUUGACGAGUGGAGACCGUGGAUUGUAAAUAGUCAAGUUGCUGGUUACACAAGGUCUUACUCCAACCAAAUGACAUUUGCAACCUUAAAAGGAGCAGGGCAUGUAGCCUUCGAAUAUAAGCGAGAGGAAAGUGUUGCCAUGCUAACAAGAUGGUUAUCUCACCAAUCUUUAUAAAAUAUAAAUAGAGUUUAAUCUAUGAUCACUUAUCAACUGUGACUGUGAUUUUCCCUCCAUCAUCCAAAAUUUAAAUUUUAAAUAAAUAAAAAAAAAAAAAAAAAAAAACCAUCAUGGCCCAUUGCAACCCUUAGGAUGCUUGAUGGAAUGACAUGUGACUUUCUAAGUGCUUUAUGUGUGUUUAUGAGAGUUAUUUACUUGUAUAUAUUUUGCUAUAAUUUAUCUUCCAAUAAAUUGAAUU